AUGGCGUCUAGUCAGGGAGGUGUGGGAGCUGUCACGGCUCUACAAAGCCAUCACUACUCUAGCGGACCUCCCUGGAGCCCGGGCAUCAGCCAGUACCAGCACCAGCAGCAGCACCACACGGCCCGCAGCCUGGACCGGGCUCUGGAGGAUGCCGUGUGCUCCGGGAUACUCAACCUGAGCGGGAGGAAGCUGAGGGAGUACCCGGGGCUGAGCUACGAUCUGACCGACACGACACAAGCAGAUUUGUCCAAGAAUCGCCUCACAGAAAUCCCUCCAGAAGUGUGUCUAUACGCCCCCCUCGAGUCGCUCAACCUCUACCACAACUGCAUCAAGUGCAUCCCAGAAGCCAUUAUCAAUCUGCAGAUGCUGACUUAUCUAGAUAUCAGCCGAAAUCUCCUGUCAGUUUUGCCAAAAUACUUGUUCAACCUCCCCCUUAAAGUUCUGCUGGUGAGCAACAACAAACUUGUGUCCAUCCCCGAGGAGAUCGGCAAGGCCAAAGAGUUGAUGGAACUGGACGUGAGCUGUAAUGAGAUCCAGGUGCUGCCAGCUCAGGUGGGGAGGCUCCAUGCCUUGCGAGAACUCAACAUCAGGAAGAAUUGUCUUCACAUGCUGCCUGAGGAGUUAGCUGACCUGCCCCUCAUCCAACUUGACUUUUCCUGCAAUAAGAUCACAGAGAUUCCUCCAGCGUACAGGAAACUCAGGCAACUGCAGCACAUCAUCCUAGAUAACAACCCUAUGCAGUCUCCACCGGCACAGAUUUGUCUCAAGGGCAAAGUGCACAUAUUCAAGUACCUGAACAUCCAGGCGUGUAGGAUGGACAAGAAACCGGACACCCUGGACCUCCCAUCACUCGGCAAGCGUUGCCUUCCACAGCCGCUUACUGAUAGCAUGGAAGAUUUUUAUCCCAGUAAGAACCACGGGCCUGACUCUGGAAUUGGAAGUGACAAUGGUGACAAGAGGCUGUCUACAACUGAGCCUUCUGACGAUGACACUGUCAGCCUGCACUCUCAGGUUUCAGAGACAGCCCGUGCUGAUGCCCUCUCUCUUCUCUCCAAAAUGGAUUCUUGCAAAGAUCAGGAUCUCUAUGACUUUAUAGACCCCAACCAGGACGAGGAUCCUGCUCUGUCAGAGUGUGAUGGGAAGCAGAGCGGUCAUGUGUCUUGUAUCAAGGAAUUGGAGAAAGUUCUUAAUAUGUCUCACCAAAGCAAAGAUAAAGACGGCUGGAAGGAGGAGUCAGGCUCUGAUAAGGAGCAGCUAGUUGAGGAAGAGGAUGAUGAGCUGAAGGAAGUGCUGGAUCUGAGGAAGAUUGCUGUUCAGCUUUUGCAGCAGGAGCAGCAGAACAGACGACGUUCCUUGAUUUGCAGAGCGGAGAGUCUCAUUCACCGAAGGAGAGUGACCGGCCGGGCACACAGAUUCCUAAGUCACUCUGGAAGCUCAGGCAGCAAACCAAGGCCCCCGCCCCAGGCGGCUCGCAGUGCUUCGCUGGAUGAAGGAAGUAGUGGGGCAUCGGUGCUGAGUGGACAGCCUUCUUCCUCCUGCUCAUUCGAUGGCAGCCUGAAAUCAGAUCAGUUGGAUUCUGAGCCCAGGUGGCCCGAAAUCCCACCGGUCCUCAAUCAGAAUGAAGAUCGCAGGAGGACCAAGUACUUGAGAAAAGAUUAUCUGAAGUACAAGUGUCAGAGUGCUCGGAAAAACUCCAGCGGGAACGACGACUGUGAGGAGGGUUUGCGCAGCGCUGAUUUUAGCACCACUCUGACUGUGUUUGGACUAAAGCCGAGAUCAGCCUUCACCAAAGGAAGCCGCCAGGAAUACAGCCCACAAGACCCCAGCUUCACUAUGAGGAGGAAGAUGGAGCACUUGAGAGAGGAAAUCGAACAAAUAGGACUCUUACGGCAGAACAUUGAGUCCAGACUGAAGGUGUUGCUCCCAGAGGAUGUUGGAGCUGCUCUGAUGGACGGGGUUGUCCUUUGCCAUUUAGCCAAUCACAUUUGUCCUCGCUCCGUCGCCAGCAUCCAUGUGCCGUCUCCCGCAGUGCCAAAGCUUAGCAUGGCUAAAUGCCGUAGGAAUGUGGAGAACUUCUUGGAUGCCUGUAAGAAGCUGGGUGUAACUCAGGACAAGCUGUGUCUGCCCCAUCACAUCCUAGAGGAGCGCGGCCUGGUGAAGGUGGGUUUGACCGUCCAGGCUCUGCUGGAUCUGCCAGCGUCGAAGCCCACGCAACUGUCAGCUGUUUGACACAAGCUCGAAUGCUGCGUCCAACCCGCAGUCAUCCAGCCCACCUCCCUCUCCGCGGUCCGAUCCCACACCCCAUAGCCAGGGACCAGAGAGCCCCUCGGGAGGCGAGGACCCAGUGGCUUGUGGGUCUUUGGGAGUUUGCUUCUGCCUGACUGAAACAGGAGACCGGAGGGAGAAACACCUCGGUCUCUUUAUAUGAUGUCAGCCACCACCACGCUUUCCUGUGCAUCGCAUUUUCACUUUCCUCUUCCUAGUUACUGGGGUCCUCCUGUAUGUGUGUGGACCAGCAAUGUGACUGUGUGUUUCCUGAGCUGCACAGGCGUCAAAGACAACGUGUCUUUAGAAAGACCUGUUUCGUACCUGUCAAUGUGCUCAGUGAUUAUUGAGCCUGCAAGUGCCAGUACUUACAACAUUUCCGUUCCGCUGUUGGAGACGGCGAGGAGAUGACAGACAUGUGACUCACACUCCCUAAAGCGACAAAAGCUGCACGCUGGCCUUGAAGCCACAAACUUCUGACUGACCUCAAGGGGUUCUUACACUCUUGAGUUUCUCUUCUUUUUGUGGAAUAUCAUUUUUCCCAUGAAAAUUUAUUUAUGAAUUUGUUAGUGUUGUUGUUGUUGUUGUUGAUUUUUUUUUAUUUUUUUUACAUCAGGUCUCUGCUGUAUCUGCUUCUCAGCAACCAACCCCUUAAUCAUAAGUUGUGUUGUGUUUUUGAACAAUCACAUCUCCACUGCUUUUUGAUGGAGAACACAGGGGGUGCCUCUGUAAAAGCGUGACAAAUAGAAUCGGAUUUGAUGUGGUCUUUUCUGGAAGUCAUGCAUCCGUAGACAUUCUGCCCGUUUUCCCUCAAACUCCGGCGUAGUUUCGUAAUAUUUAAACUACUGUAAAAAUCAAUACUUUAAAUGCUUUCUCAAUACAAACCUGCAUGCCAUGACAUCUGACCACUGUGAGAACAUGUGCUAGGCUGUGGCCAGAAGCACGGCGGUCCUGUUUUGUAGCGAUUUUUUCAUCUUACAUGCAAGGUUCUGUUUUUGAAAAUGACUCAUUAUAACUUUUCUAAAGCUUUUAUACUUUAAUUGCCCUUUUUUGUGAUGUUCAGAGCAUGUUUUUGCAAGGUUAGACACAAAGCUGUUAGGAUUUGAUGGCUUUGCAUAGCCUCUGAUGAAACAUGUUCAUACUGUAUGUGUUUGAGAAAGGAUGUGGCUGGAUCAGAAAGGAGCAGACACUCCUGCAAACCUUCUACACAUGACACGCUCUUAUCUUACUGCCACCCUGCUGUAUGUGGUAUUCUGAUACAAUUUAUUGAUUCAGGGAAAUUCAAUUAUUUAUGUAUUUAUUCAUUUUGUUUUAUAUUUAUAUGUUGUUGCCAACACCAGUUCAGGUGUGGUGCAUCUGAACAUUUAAAUCUCACGUGCGUUUCCUGCGGGUUCCCGGUCAACUUAAUAAAUCUGUGGCAAGAAAGUAGAAAAUGACUGAAAGCAGCUGGAAGUGUAGCUACACUGCUCGUCUGUGAAUCACCGGCAUAUCAGAUGUGACAGCUGUAACACUUGUAUUUAAAACAUGAGAAUCACUCAGUGUGGGAGUUUAAAAACAAAUUGCUCACACCAUUUGUCAGUUGAGCUGAGCGUAAGAGGUACCUGCGUAACAUGUUCACAAAAGCCUACCUCUGAGGUAUUAUACAUUUAAUACUAAUCACAGUAUUUGUCACUUCUUCAUAAAUUUGUAUUUAAGGGUUAUUAUAAUUUAAGGGUUAUAAUUACUGCAGAGCAAUAUCAAUCUUGUUGACAGGCGACUGUUAGUCCGGGAGGCUGGGUGCACCUUUCAUUUAAAGUUUAGGUCUGCAACAUGCGAAAAAACUCAAAUUAUAGUGGAAAUCAUAUUAAAGUAAAGCUAAAAAAUGGCCAAAAGGUUUUCUUUUACUGUGUUUUAACGGUUUAUUUCCCAUAUAGUGAUCAACAUUUGUGUGCACCUUUGAAGAGAAGCUGAGGUGGGGUUUUUACCUCUAUCAUUGAUACAUUGAUCAUUCAAUCAAAUGACCUGUGGCUAUAAAAAAGGCUUUGUUAGUUCAGCUAGUGGCCUGCUAUAACAGUGUUUUGUAGCUGAAACAUCAUUGAGGAUAACUUAUGCUUAAAGCCACUUCAACACCUUGAAAGUUUGCAAAUAUCAUGUUAAACAACAUUGAAACAUUUAAAAACAUGAUGCAUUGUGCCUUAAAUGGGGUGUAUUCUUUUUUUUUUCUGCAGUCUUAAUCCACUAUGGAGUUUAUAAAAUUCAGCUGCCAUUAUUUUUUGUAAAAAUCCAUGAGUUAUAGUUCUACUCCCUGUACUUAUCUUAAGAUUUAGUUAGAAUUAAGUUAGCUCUGUGGUCGAUGUUGAAUAACUCCAUUGUCUACAGUGCAUAGACAACCAGAAUCUGAGAGAGAGCACCUGAGGUCAAAUAACAUGUAGCUUUGCACCUCCCUGUACAAAAUGUCCCCAGUGUCAGCUUUCCAGCUGUGAAUGUUAUUCCUAAGGAUCUCUGCUUUUUCUGAAUGGCUGUAUUGACUUACUUGGUGCCGUUGUUUUCCAAGGAAGAGAUACCACAGAGAUACAAAACAAUACAGGGCAUCCAGUUUAUCUCGCCUCGGGUUUGAAAUAUACACAGAGCCUCAUAACACAUCUUUUUCUUAUGCAGAAAGUCCCUACCAAUUUCAGUGUACUGUAGGUUAUCAACUGUCAUUCCUGAUUACCAACAAACAAGUAGCUCUUUAAUGGAAGAACACAUAUCUACAGUGUAAAGUGAGCAACAGUGGGCUACAGCUACUGAACUUGUUGCAUAUUUACCAACAUGACAAAUGUUCACUUAUUAUGAAACACAAGCUGCUCAAAAAUUGUAGCACACAGCGCUACUAGUAUAGCUGUAGGACACUGGUGAAGCUGCCUUUGACUUGGAUUCCCAUUUAUGUUUUAAUGCUCACAGUACCAUUCACUAACAUGCCUGGGCAUGAUAUAUCUCCCAACAAUAUUAGCAAAUAAAUGUCGUGCAGCUUUGACUCUUUCUGUAUCCUUUUUUUUCCUGUUUUACAAUUGCCUUUGAUACUUAAUUGACUCUCAAACAUGUGUGUACAGGUAUCUUAAGUUCCAAUUAAUUUCUCAUGUAAUUAAGUAAGUGCUGGGCCUCACCCUCUCUCCUCUGAUGUGUUCAUUUAGUUCGCACUGUAAAAGUUCAGAUGCCUGUCAUCAACUGUCGCUGUCAGCUAAGUUGGACAAAAACAACUGUGACUUUUGGAAUUAUGUUGUUAAAUGCCACACUGAUGCCUUGCUCUUGAUUUAUCUUAAUGCACUACCGUAUGUCACGCUGCCCUUUCAUCCUUUCACUGUAAAUUGAGCAAGUGCCAAAUCAUGAGGGUAUCCUCCGAUUGCAAGCUUCAGUGUUUCAGCUAAAAGCCUCAACACUGUAGACAGAUAAUGGAUCUUGCAGUGCAGAAUCGCAUGUGUAUGCUGAGGGCUUGGGCUAUGAUUUGCAAAACUGAACAUGAAAUAUUACGUGCGGUGCUGUUGUAUGUUUGGCAGCAGUUCGUUAUCGUUUUAAAGGAUUUGCUCACACCUUUUUUUUUAAAACAGUCACAUGCCCAAAUGUGCAUUGACA